AGACAGGCAGGCAGGCAGACAGAUAGACAGACAGACAGACAGACAGACAGGCAGGUGGUGCCUACCUCAGCCAGCUGGGACUUAAGGAAAGGAACUAGGAGGAAUUUGGGGAGUGGCGUUUUAAAGCUUCCUCUUUCCUCUCCUUACUCUCAAAGAAAAGGGGCCUAGCUAUAUUAGUCAAGGCAGAGGCGAAAGGCAGAGUGAGGGGCUUUAGCUCUUGAUGCUAGGUGAAGUGCAGGCCUGAUGGUUAGCCUUCUGCAGGUCAGACUGAGAGAGCAGUUAGAAAUUACAAACCCUGCUGUUGGAAAAGUGUCUGAAAGAUGAGGCGAGGCUGAAGAAUAGUACAGUCAUAGGGCUGUGACGCAUCAAGAGGUGAUGGGUUAAGCGGUUCCUGUGCCCUCUUUGAAUGUCCGUCACCAUGGCUAAGCGUGAGACCGGCAGCACCAGCCCUGUGGUCAGGCAGAUAGACAAGCAGUUCCUGGUCUGCAGCAUUUGUUUGGACCAUUAUCACAACCCCAAAGUCCUGCCCUGCCUGCACACCUUCUGUGAGAAAUGUCUACAGAACUACAUCCCUCCCCAGUCUUUGACACUGUCCUGCCCAGUGUGUAGACAGACCUCCAUCUUGCCAGAGAAGGGUGUGGCAGCCCUGCAGAACAACUUCUUCAUCACAAAUCUAAUGGAGGUGUUACAGCGAGACCCAGAGUGCAGCCGACCUGAGGCCUGUAAUGUUCUGGAGUCAGCCAGUGCAGCGACGGCCUGUCAGCCCCUCUCUUGCCCCAAUCACGAGGGCAAGGUGAUGGAGUUUUACUGCGAGUCAUGUGAAACAGCCAUGUGUCUGGAGUGUACAGAAGGGGAACACAGGGAACAUGUGACAGUUCCUCUGAGGGAUGUGCUGGAACAGCAUAAGUCAGCGCUAAAAAAUCAGCUGGACGCUGUGCGCAACAGGCUACCUCAACUGACGGCUGCCAUUGAGCUUGUGAAUGAGAUCUCCAAGCAGCUUACAGAGCGGAAAAACGAGGCAGUGACCGAAAUCAGUAACACUUUUGACGAGCUGGAGAAGGCCUUACACCAACGCAAGACCGCUCUCAUUACUGAGGUGGAAAACAUCUGCAGCACUAAGCAGAAGGUGCUUCAAGCCCAGCUGACCUCUUUGCUUCAGGGCAAAGAGAACAUUCAAAGCAGCUGCAACUUCACCGAGCAGGCCCUGAGCCACGGGAGCGCCACGGAGGUCCUGCUGGUCCAGAAGCAGAUGGGCGAGCGGGUCAGUGCCCUGGCCCGACACACAUUUCCUGAGCAUCCCCACGAAAACGGACAUCUGGAAUGCCAGGUAGAGACGGAUGGACUGAGGCGCUCCAUUCAGAACCUGGGAGUCCUGAUCACAACAGGGACCGUAGGCCACACCAGUGUCGCCACCGGCGAAGGCCUGCGGCACGCACUGGUCGGCCAGCACACUACUGUCACAGUCACUACUAAAGACAAGGACGGAGAGCUAGUGAAGACUGGCAACGCCGCUCUGAGGGCAGAGAUCAUCUCUGCCGACGGAGUGUGCACUGAAGCCGAGGUGGCGGACAACAAGAACGGCACCUACGAGGUCGGAUACACCAUCCGCUCAGAGGGAGAGUUCACCUUCUCUUUGCUGCUGUACGAACAGCCCGUGAGGGGGAGUCCGUUCCGUUUGCGCGCCGUCAAGCCGUCGGACGUCCUGCAGUCGCCAGACGACGUGAAGAGAAGGGUGAAGUCCCCGAGUGGAGGAGGAGGUCACGUUCGACAGAAGGCUGUGCGCAGACCCUCCAGCAUGUACAGCACCACCAAGAAAAAGGAAAACCCGAUAGAGGAUGAGCUGAUCUACAGAGUGGGAACAAGAGGGCGAGAUAAAGCCGAAUUCACUAACCUACAAGGCAUCUCCACCUCCAGUAAUGGACGGAUCGUGGUGGCCGACAGCAACAACCAGUGUAUACAGGUUUUCACAAAUGAAGGCCAGUUUAAGAUGAGGUUUGGGGUCAGGGGUCGUUCACCAGGGCAGCUGCAGCGCCCCACAGGGGUCACAGUGGACAUGAACGGGGACAUUAUCGUAGCAGAUUACGACAACAGAUGGAUUAGCAUCUUCUCUUCGGAUGGCAAGUUCAAGAACAAAAUUGGAGCUGGGAGACUGAUGGGACCCAAAGGUGUGGCUGUGGAUAAGAAUGGGCAUAUCAUCACAGUUGAUAAUAAGGCCUGCUGUGUCUUCAUCUUCCAAUCAAAUGGGAAGCUGGUGACAAAGUUUGGAGCCAGAGGAACAUCGGACAGACACUUUGCAGAAAAAAGUGGUGCAAACAUUGCACUGGAACAAAAGCUUAGUAAAUCUGGCCCUGUUUUCAGUCCUCACUUUGUGGCCGUAAAUAACAAAAAUGAAAUUGUGGUAACAGACUUUCAUAACCAUUCAGUCAAGGUGUACAAUGCAGAUGGGGAGUUCCUGUUUAAAUUUGGCUCCCACGGAGAGGGCAACGGCCAGUUCAAUGCUCCGACAGGCGUGGCUGUGGAUGCCAAUGGAAAUAUCAUCGUUGCCGAUUGGGGCAACAGUCGGAUCCAGGUGUUCGACAGCUCAGGGUCCUUCCUGUCCUACAUCAACACGUCAGCGGACCCCCUUUACGGCCCCCAGGGCCUGGCCCUCACGUCUGAUGGUCAUGUGGCGGUGGCGGACUCUGGGAACCACUGCUUCAAGGUCUACCGCUACCUGCAGUAGAGACCGGAGACGGCCAUCUUCACCACUGCGAGCACUGACAACGACACAGCCAAUGUAUUCCCCCCCCCGGGUGCAAUGACCUUUCCAAUACAGCCUUUUGAUGUGCACAUCAGCUGAUCUCCCGGAUAUAAUUAAGUGUGUGAUCAUGAGUUUACCUUCCUUUAUGAUGUGUAUUGAAGGUUGUUUUUAAAGUUGGAUAAUGUAGCAUCCUUGUAAUGGACAUAAAGCUAUGGACGGGUUUUAGAGAAGUGGCAAAAACAGUUUUUGUGUGUUGUACGCUGUUGAUGGUAUUAUUAAAUCACACUUUCUGUGAGACCGGACAGGGUAGGAUUUAGAUUAAAGUAUUUAAUGAGCCAUAAGUUGUCCAAAUGCAUGACGUUUUCUUUUAUCUUAAUGCCUAGGCAACAACACAGUGUACCCAUCGGUUGCUUUUCUCAUGAACUAGUUAAUGCUUACAGUGAAAUGAACAGCGCUACGCUUCUCCAGCAAUGGAAUGUAAAAUUUCUCACAUACAAAUGUCACCACCAUCUGUGCAUUGAUUUGCUGUAUGUACUGUAUAUACAUAAAUGUAUAUUGUGUAUAUUAGAUCACUCUGUAUGUAUGUGCUUUUGAAACACACAGCCGUUUGGCUAUUCAGAGAGCAGCAGUCAAAGGAUUCCAGGAUUUUAAACUUGUGUGUAUGGCAGCUGUUAAAAAAGUGUGCUUUAUAAACAUACCCAGCACAUGCUUAAUUGAAGAAGAGUGUCAUAUUUAUUAAUGUAAGCAGCACAAUAAUCAUUUUUGUUAAUAUCUGUUGUUUCAAAAGGAAAAAAACAAAAGGAAAAAAAAAAUGCUAAUUUAUUUUAUUUUAUACACUAGCUCAGCAAUUACAAAUUAUUUUUCUAAAUUGAUGUGCUUUUUUUUUCUUUAGAGCUUCACACUUUAUCCCUAUACCUUAAAGGGAAAUUUCACCUUUAAGCAGAAUUCAGCAUCCAACCCCCCUCCCUCCCCCACACACACACACACACACACACACACACACACACACACACACACACACACACACACACACACACCCAUCUGGAAACAUUUGAUCAGUGUUUGUGCAUAUUAGCAGCUUUGUCUCAAAGCUACAAAUCCGUCUUUGUUUUAAUCUGGGAUUCUUAUCCAAAAGAAAAAGUGUUCUCAGUUUCUCUGUUAAGAACAAAUGGCUAAAGAUUAGAGCUCAUAGAAUGAUUGUUAUGCCUUUAACAAUUAAAGAGCUUUAUUCAUUGAAGUGCUAAGAGUUACGAACCAGAAAGAAUACACAUAUCUCAGGAAAUCCAUGCAAAUUAGACCAGCAUGUCAAUGGAACAACUUUCAAUGUAUUGUUUUUAAUUCUUUUGAUAGUAUCAAGUAUCAGAGACGUUGGGAGCUUUGUGAGGAAACUGUUAAUUGGUGCAAAUGUAGUCUGGAUCCAAGACCACAAAAAUGAUCGGGAUGGAAUAUGAAUUCUGUUUUACUGUGGUUUUUUGUGUGUGUGUGUUUUUUUUUUUUAGCUUUCACAUAGAAAACAGUUGACACAAAACACAAAAUGAUUAUAUGAGGACAUUUCUAUUGGAUAAUAUUUGCCAGCAAACUCAUCCACGCUUUAGAACACACUCGCCUAUGAUACUGUUGAGUUUCUGCCUGCACUACAUUAAGCCAUGACUCCCAAGGAAAACCCUGUAGCAGUAGAGCUGUUGCUGCUCUUGCUCUCCCUGGUGUUCAUUCUGUGUAAUGUCAUAAGACAACCUAGACCAGGUGCAGGAAGAAAGCUACUUCCUGGUCUGACAUAAUUACCCACAGCACUGUGCUUAACACCCACAUUCACCCUCCCCAGGGUAGAGAUUUUCCAAGCUACAGAAUAUGACCUGAUUUCACCAGUGAAGUCAAGCAGGAAGCUGCUGUUUUUCAUGCACCUGAUCUGCUGUUUGACUCGUUGCCAAACAGGAGCCCAGACAUCUUUAAACAGUCCAAGGCUCAACUUUUUUCAGACGUGUCUGAUGCUGUGUCACACCAAUACAAUUUUGUUUUCACUAUGAAUAUGCACUGGUAAUAAAAGCACAUGGUUUACUGAGA